CGAGAUAAACGAAACAAACCUAAGAAGCAUAUUGUUAUCAUUCAUAGGCUAGUCCUAUGGCUAGAUCCAAGUUUGAUCUAGUCUAGAAUAUAUCUAGACAUCUUAUCUAGACUCUAAAUUUUCUAGAUCUAGUGAUCGAGAAAGUAGUCUAGAACUUGAUGAUGUGACUGGCUGUGUUUCUAUUGGAUGACCAGAUAUGCAUGAAGACAUAAGGAAAAGUACCAGAUUCUGACUGUUAUACUAUUUCUGUAUUGAAACAUUGAUCAGUCUUUUACACUUUGAACUCAAAUAAAUUUGGAAUUAUUAAUGUUCUAUUUCACUUAAACUGUUGCUAACAUUUAUAAACAUGAUAAUCUGGGGAAGCAAGUCAUUCAAGGCUGAAUGUGGAUUUAUCAUUGCAUAUCUUUUGAGAGUUUGGAAAAUUUUCUUAUUUUUACGGCUGACCCUGUCAUCUUCAAUUGUUGAAGGUAAAACCAAACCAAACUGCAAUGUCUGUAAAGAUAUUGUCUCAAAUUUCCAUAAGGGUCUUGCAUCAACAGCUAAAUCUAAUUUUGGUGGAGGCAAUACAAAGUGGGAAGAGAAAUCUUUGAAAUCCUAUGCAAUCAGUGAAGUUCGUCUUGUUGAAAUAAUGGAACAUUUAUGUGAUGAGGGAGCUAAAGAGUGCCAUUCAGUUGUAGAGGAACACGAAGAACUCGUGGAGAGAUACUGGUUUAAGGAAUUUGCCCAGAAAAGAGACACAGACUUUUACAAAUAUUUUUGUAUAGAAAAUAUGAAAGCUUGCUGUCCUAACAACACUUAUGGCCCCAAUUGUUCCCAGUGUCCUGGCGAUGUUGAUAGACCUUGUAAUGGACAGGGGUAUUGCCAGGGUGAGGGGACAAGAGAAGGAGAUGGCAAAUGUAACUGUAAUUCAGGCUACAGAGGAGAUAUUUGUGAGGAAUGUAGAGAUGGCUUUUUUGAGGAAAGUAAGAAUGACACUCAUACUGUAUGUAAAGUGUGCCAUAUAGCCUGUAAGAAUACUUGUUGGGAAGGUGGACCCAAAGGAUGUGAUGAAUGCAAAGAUGGUUGGCUGGUUGAUGAAGAACAGGGGUGUAUAGAUGUGAAUGAAUGUUUAACUGAUCCAUGUGAAGAAAACCAGUUCUGUACUAACACUCAAGGCUCAUAUACUUGUUUUUCAUGUGAUGAUGCUUGCGUGUCUUGCACAGGAGCUGGUCCUGACAAGUGUCAGGAAUGCAGUAGUGGCUACACCGUGAACCAGGAUACCAAUAUAUGUCAAGAUACUAAUGAGUGUGAAGAAGAUUCAAGUUUGUGCCAAGGAGAACAUUUACUAUGUCGUAAUAAGCCUGGUAGCUAUGAUUGUCAGUGUGAGUCUGGUUAUCAACUACAAGAUGGUGUAUGUAUUAAAGAAACCAUCCCAAAAAUUGACAAGAAACCCUCUGUGAUAAAACAGAGUAAGAAAAAAGUUUCCAAAGAAAAAGAUCUAGACUUGUCCAAGUUCAAGGACACUCCCAGUAUUACUGGUCACUUCCUGAUCAUGGCUUUCUAUGGAAUAAGUUGUCGGGUGGCCUCCUCUAACCAUGCAGUGUUAAUUACAUUGUCUUUACUUAUGAUCAUUCAUGUCAUUUGGUUUGCCACAAAUUCAAAAUGAUGUUUCUUUAAGUAAAAAUGGUGUGUGACUUUUUUUCUUUUUAACUUUGUAAUUAGCAAUACCUCUAAUCAAAAGAAGUUUCAUUAAAGUAUUUAUACAAUUUUAGAAAGAUAUUUCUUUUCACUUUCUGUCACAUUUUUUUCUAACUGUAAUAAUUUACCAAUUCUUGCAGUCUUUUAGUUUUCUAAAAUGCUCAAUAUUAUUUGAAAUUUAGAACUUAUUUAUUUGAUUUUCUUCUUUUUCUGAUAUAAUGUAUAUAUGUGAAUACAUUAUGCUUACUUUCUUUUUGAUGUAAAAUAAUGAAAAUUGAUAUUUUUGACAUAUAUGUAUGAAACAUACAAUUUAAAAUUUUAAUGGCCAUACCAACAUGUUUUUUUUUUUUACGUCAAUUGUCCAGUUUGAUCAACUAUCUACUGGCAUUCAGCAGCCAACAUUUUUUAUGCUUUGGGAAAAAAAAAUGAAAUUAGGUCUCUGUGAAACAAAAUAACAUGAGUUUGUGUUUUCACACAAACUUUAGGUGGCUACUGCUGGUUCUGAAUUUUGUUAAAACAAUGCAGGUCUAAGGGCAGAUUUUGAUGUUUUGUGGGAGAAAUUAUUAAGGCAUUUUUUCUGCUUUUGACAGUUCACUAGUGACUUUUUAUAGUAGUAAUUGUUAAUAUAAAGAAUGACAUGUUUCUUUGGGUUAAGAAAAAGCCUCAAGAAACCUUCUUACAUGUUAAUUGCUUGCAAACACAUCCAAAGCAGGAGAACGUUGAAUGUUGUUUUUUUACAUGUACUGAGUAGACAGAGAGUUAAUGAUAGUAACAUAAAUAACACAAAACUACAUAUUAAAUCUUCUUUGAAAAAUUGUGUGUAGUUAUUAGUAUGUCUAAAAAAAAAAACACAUGUAAUUAUAUAUGAUAUUUAUUACAUUUAUUUUGACUAAGACCAAAACUCUUAAGAAAAUUCAAAGAAAAAUCAAAAUCAUUUCUCUUCCGUGCCUCUAAUCACCUAGAUUAUCCAUAGUCCCUGUAUAUACUAUAUAUACUUGUAUAUGUUAACUUCCAGAAGUAGCCAUGGCACCUAGAUCUAUUUUUGACUGUUCAAAUUGGAUUUCAUUAUUUUUAGUUUUUAAGAUGUUAACAGACAAACGGAUGGACUACUCUAAACUAGCAGCU